UUCCACUUAUCUGGAUGACCACGGACCACCACCUCAAAAGGUACUUCCUUUCCCCAGUCAGGUGGUCUACAACAGAGUUGGAAAGUGUGGGAGUCGAACUGUGGUUUUGCUUUUGAGAAUUUUAUCAGAGAAACAUGGAUUCAACCUGGUUACAUCUGACAUACAUAACAAAACAAGACUGACUAAAAAUGAGCAGAUGGAAUUGAUUAAAAACAUAAGCACUGCUGAGCAGCCCUAUUUAUUCACUAGACAUGUUCAUUUCCUCAACUUUUCAAGGUUUGGAGGAGAUCAGCCCGUGUACAUCAAUAUUAUUAGAGAUCCUGUCAACAGAUUCCUAUCCAAUUAUUUUUUUCGACGUUUCGGAGACUGGAGAGGAGAACAGAAUCACAUGAUCCGUACCCCCAACAUGAGGCAGGAGGAAAGAUACCUGGACAUUAAUGUAUGUAUCCUUGAAAACUACCCUGAAUGUUCCAAUCCCAGGUUAUUUUACAUCAUACCAUAUUUCUGUGGACAGCAUCCAAGAUGCAGGGAGCCUGGUGAAUGGGCCCUUGAAAGAGCAAAGCUGAACGUUAAUGAAAAUUUUCUGCUUGUGGGCAUUCUGGAGGAGUUGGAGGAUGUGCUGCUUUUAUUAGAAAGAUUCUUACCUCAUUAUUUCAAGGAUGUGCUUAGCAUCUACAAAAAUCCAGAACAUAGGAAACUUGGCAAUCUGACUGUGACAGUGAAAAAGACCGUCCCCUCUCCAGAAGCAAUACAGAUCCUCUACCAACGCAUGAGAUAUGAAUAUGAGUUUUAUUACUAUGUCAAAGAACAAUUCCACCUGCUAAAGCGCAAGUUUGGACUGAAGUCUCAUAUCAGGAAACCAAGUCCCAGACCUGAGUUCUUCAUUCCUUCUCCCCUGGAAACAGAGGAACCAAUAAAUGAUGAGGAAGAAGAUGAUGAAAAGUGGCUAGAGGAUAUCUAUAAAAGGUGAUGGAUGGAAGAGCUGUCCUUUCUCUUCUGGUGGCCCCUCCAGCUUUCAUAAGAUUUUUUUUAAUUAUUAUUAAAAGUAAUUCCUUAAGGAACUGAGUUAAUGCGCAGCGGAUUUGAAAUGGAACAGAGGAGACCAUUCCCACAUGCUGGAGCCAUUGGGAGGUACCUGAUUUUGCAGGUUUGAUUCAUUAUACAGUGCUGGCUCUGUAGCAUCCUUGCUAUGGCAUAGUUCAAGAGAGAAGUACCUACUAUCUGUCACAAAAUAACUUUUGGAGUACACAGUAGUCCUUUGUGAAUUGCAAAAUUGAAAAGUAAAUCUUACAGAUUCUCAUCUCUCUCUUUGACCAGCAACAAAUCUUCAUGGCACAACACUGUGGCAUGAACUUCCAGCAGGUGAACUGCAGGCAGUGAGCCAUUUGGGAAGCGUACCAAAGCACACUGGUGUCCCAGUGGUAUGGUCAGAGACAUUACUUUUUCUUCAGAUCCAAGGAUAACAGGCUCAGAAAGAGGCUAGGUAACAGCUCCUUGAAUUACCUGUGCCGGAGGAGCAAGGCUGCUGUUCUGCCAAAUCAGUACUAGUGACUGUAAUGCAACUUACAGGAACCAGAUAUUUCUGGUUCAUAGAGUGGGAAAAGUUACCAGGUCAGUGAAUGACAACAACAAAUUAAAAGUGCCAGGCAGAGCUUUAUUUCAGUAGUUGACUGUGUUUCUAUACUCUUAAGGAAAACGUGUAACAUAUGGGGUUUAUGUUCAAGAAUGGUAUUUUUAGAUUUUUAUUAUUCUUUUGGGUCACAAAUUCAAGGAGAUACCAAAAAACUACUCAUUAAAAAGCUCAGGUGAUCUGGAACUCUUAUUGAGCACAACCUGUAUUUCUGCAACUGCAGAACUGUUCACAUCUGAAUCUUGACAUUUUCCUCACCAGCACAAACACCAGACUCCUGCUUUUAGUGUAGCUAGAAGGAAAAUUAACAGUAUGAACAUACACAGCUUCUCUAGUUGAAGCAUUUCAGAAUCAUCAAACAAUACUACCAAAAAUACUAUAUAUAUAUAUAUACUAUACAUCAAAAAAUACUAUAAGAUGCACUCUCUGAAACCAAAGCUGAUUCAGUGACAGGUUAUUAAGAGAGUCACUGUGGAAGUUGCCCUUGUUAAUCACUACAGGUAUUGUCUGCCAACACUAGGAAAGGGACCGGUGGAAGCUGGGAGGGGAAAGAGAGGUAGCACCAAUAUGUGACAUGCUGUUGUCACUGAGGCAGGUGUCCCUGGAGUGGAUUCCCUGUGAUGUGUGGGUGUGCUGGCUGUUGGGCAGCCUGCCAGCCUGGGUGGUGCAGACACCCAGGUUACAGACCCACAGGCAGCCCUGGGCAGAGCUCUUUGGCCUUCAGCUACACAGAAUAUGGGCGAGUUUGGGGUCUUGAUGAGGCCUUGACCUCCUAUGCACCAUUGUUGCCAGAGAAAGCUGGACUAAUAGAGAAUAAGAGCAAUAACUUCCUGUCCCUAGAGCUCAGGAAAGAAGCAGGUACAAGAUGCUGCAGCUGUAUGCCAGGAUGAGGACAAUCCUCCUCUGUCUAUCUCGCAUCCUUUCUCAAAUAUCUACCAGAAAAUUUUUGGUUCCUAUUCCACAGCUGCCAUCUGCAAGGUCAUACUUAGGUUUGCUAUAUCAAGCAAAAGUUAUUUUGUGACAGAUGAAGCAUAUCAAGUCAGGAUCAGCUCAAAUGGGCUUUCCAAGGGGUUUUCUCUUCCAUGAGCCUGCUGAGAGCCAGUAGAAAUUAUGGUAGAUCUUCUUCACCGCUCAGUCUCUACCUAUAUACAGAGAAUGAAAAUAAAAGAGAGUUAAGACAAGAUGCUAACUUACAGAAAAUACUAGGAAGAUUCUGUUCUCACUAUUAACAUCCCAGGUUGGUGGUAGCAAUGCACUACUGAGGGGGAACACAUUAAAGAAAGCUGAAAAUGGCACAGAUAGUAACUAACAUAUUAGCUAAAAUAUGAAUCUGCUGCAUUGUAUAUUUUAAGUGGUUUCUAUGAAAUUACAUUGAAAGAGUAAUGAUUAGUUUACACACUGUGGAGUUGUUAUAUUUUGGAAUGAACUAGUAUUCUCAUGUUUCUGAAAUUCUGUUUGAAUCCUUUUUCUGCCAAUGUUUUAACAGAAUAUAGUCACUUAACACAUUCAGCCUUUCUGAGAGUUCACUGAUGCUUACAGUAAAAUCUGUUUCUAUCUGUUUAUUUAAUGGUAUCUUCAGCCAUCACUACUUAUAAUCUAAAUACAGAAGCUGCUUAGUGAUUUACUCGCUAGGUUUUAAUAUUGUUCUGUUUUUGUAGCAAUCAACCUGGCCUCUCCUCCUCAAAUGGUAAUUCUUAAAUUUAUCUGGCACAUAGCAUCUAAUAUUCCUGGUCCUAUGGCCUAUUUCUCUGUCAUUAAAUAUAUUUUGCUUAACUUCUAAAAGGUACGUUAUAAGCUGGUAAAUCUUUGACUUAUUUAUUGAAACUUUUCAGCACAUUCCAAAUUCUAAGUUGCUCAGGAAGAAGUUAAUUUAAAUAAUUAUAUUUGGGUCUGAUGAAUAUUUCUUAUUCAAAAAAAAUCACUGUUUGUAAGCCUUUAGUCCACAACAGCUUUGUAGAAAGUGCCAAUGCAUAUCCUUGGAGAUCUUUGGGGGGGGGAAAAGGUGGCUGUUCAACACUUAAAAAAAUAAGAAAAUACAUGUCUACAUUAGCUCAGCUAUGAAUGAAGCAACGUAUGUUUUGGAAUGAAAUCUUCUUUAACUUAUUCACUACUAUCUCCUGAAAUAUCAAUAAGCCAUAUGAUUCUUUUUUCAAUCCAACAAUGUUUAAAAAUAAAACUUGCACAUUUCUUCCUGGCGCCAUAGUCCUCUUGCUUACACUAGUGUUCCUGCCUGGAUACAGCGGCUGUGGGUAGGACGUGGGAGUUGCCGCCAACAGUACAGGGUUGGAUAAGGCAUAGGGCAUUCUCUGAAAGUCAUAUUUGAGCAGUGAGGCUGGAGCAGGUUGCUCCUGGGUUAUUCCAUCUCCCAAUGAGGUGUGAGCUGAAUUGUUUCACUCCCCUGAGAUGUGUGGUCAGUACGUUAAAGUACAUUGUCCAGUGUUCCGUGGCUGCUAAGUAGAAGUUUUAUCCAGGAGAGAAACAACUUAGUCUCCAUACACCUCAUUUUUACUAGAUACGGUGUUUGAUGGCCUGACAUAAAAGUUUCAGUAGUCACAGUGGUGUUACAAUAUAAGUGAAGUAUCACAGUGCUUUCACACUAAUGAGAGAAUCAACUGUUGUUAAAAUGCAGCAUUCUGGAAAAAAAAAUAAAUUUUAGUCUUAAGUUUCAAGUGACAA